AGAAGAGACCUCGGCAUUUUAUCAAGCAGGUGCACCCUGAAUCGUGAGGAGCAGAUAAAAAAAUAUUUCAGUUCUUUAGUUUUCAUGUUGUUAAUACAAGGAGUGUUUCGCAAGACCCAGAGCAAAUGGUCGUCUGAUGAAGGAAAACAUUUUGGAUUAAAAACACUUAUUCCGGCUGAGGGGGACCCUUUAGUUUGUCUUUAUUCUGCGAAAUUGGACCGAAUUAUGACGAAGUAUGAAAAAGCAAGUUUUUAACCUUUGAAGUGAAAAGUCCUAUUUUUUCUGGCAAGGUUUGUGUCCCUGAUUUUAAAGAGCAAUGCACUCUGAAAUAACGGAACAUGGCACUAAGGAAAAUUGUCUGAGGUGACGACGAGUGGUGGAGAUCAAGCCUUAUGGAUAUAGACCCACGCCUCGACUGGGGUUGAUUUAUCUGUGGAAGACCUGCUGCAAAUGGCUGCCCUGCCUGCGUCGCCAGGAUGGAAAACAGGACUGUCAAUAGGAUGCGGCCUGACGAAUAGCAGCAAGUGAAGAUGUUGCCUCCGCCAGUGUGAAAUCAGUGGGGAGUACUUGCCAUGCAAAGAGCCUUUGAAAGUUUUGACAGCCGCACAUUUGGGAGGCCUCAUACUUUUCCUUUGAUUGUACCCCUUUCUGUGGGCGGACCUAAAGUGGAUUGUUGCUGCUAGCGCUGCGGUGUGGUGAGCCCUAGUUGGUGUGUGUGUGUAUCUACUGGUGUGGCAGAGGGAGCAUGCCCCUGCAGAGGCCUGGCCGUCUGAGGCUGCACCCUGCCUGGAGGGUCAUGCAGCCCCGGCUGGGCGUAGGCCUGGGUCUGGGCCUGGACCUCACCUUCCUGCUAUGGAUACUGAGCCUAGCACAGCAGGCCCUGGUCACGGCCUCUCAGAAACUGGACGAGACGGACCCCGUGGUCACCACCGUCUACGGCAAACUGAGGGGCGUCAAGAAGGAGCUCAACAAUGAGAUCCUGGGACCCGUCAUUCAGUUCCAGGGGGUACCUUAUGCCGCACCCCCCACGGGCGAGAGGCGCUUCCAGCCCCCGGAGCCGCCCAUCUCGUGGCCAGAGGUCCGUAACGCCACGCAGUUCGGCCCGGUCUGCCCUCAGACCAUCGUGGAGGGGCGUCUGCCAGACGUCAUGCUGCCUGUGUGGUUCACUAACAACCUGGAGAUAGUGUCUUCUUACGUACAGGAUCAGAGCGAGGACUGCCUUUUCUUAAACAUAUAUGUUCCCACUGAGGAUGGUCCCCUUACAAAGAAACACAAUGAUGAUUUAGGUGAUAAUGACGGGGCGGAGUAUGAAGACAUCCGUGAAAGCGGUAGCCCCAAGCCAGUGAUGGUAUUUAUCCAUGGGGGAUCCUACAUGGAGGGCACUGGGAAUAUGUUUGACGGCAGCAUCUUGGCAAGUUACGGCAAUGUUAUCGUCAUCACAGUGAACUACCGGCUUGGAGUAUUAGGUUUCUUAAGCACUGGGGACCAAGCUUCCAAGGGAAACUACGGACUCCUUGAUCUGAUCCAAGCUCUGCGCUGGACUAGCGAGAAUAUUGCUUUCUUUGGUGGUGACCCUUUACGAAUAACUGUUUUUGGAUCAGGGGCUGGCGCCUCCUGUGUUAACCUCCUGACCCUGUCCCAUUAUUCUGAAGGUAACCGUUGGAGCAAUUCAACCAAAGGACUUUUCCAGAGAGCUAUAGCACAGAGUGGAACUGCGUUGUCCAGCUGGGCCGUCAGCUUCCAGCCUGCUAAGUAUGCUCGCAUGUUGGCCAAGAAAGUGGGCUGCAACCUAAAAGACACGGUGGACCUGGUGGAGUGUCUACAAAAGAAGCACUACAAGGAGCUGGUGGAUCAGGACAUCCAGCCUGCACGGUACCACAUCGCCUUCGGGCCUGUUAUUGACGGUGACGUCAUCCCAGACGACCCUCAGAUCCUCAUGGAGCAGGGCGAGUUCCUCAACUAUGACAUCAUGCUGGGCGUCAACCAGGGCGAGGGCCUGAAGUUUGUGGAGCUCAUCGUAGACAACGAGAACGGCGUCCAGGCCAAUGAUUUUGACUACGCCGUGUCCAGCUUCGUGGACGACCUGUACGGUUACCCGGAGGGAAAGGAUAUUCUGCGGGAGACCAUAAAAUUCAUGUACACGGACUGGGCUGAUAGACAUAACCCAGAGACCAGAAGGAAGACCCUACUAGCCCUGUUCACGGAUCACCAAUGGGUGGCUCCGGCUGUGGCCACAGCAGACCUCCACUCCAGCUUUGGGUCGCCAACGUACUUCUAUGCCUUCUACCACCACUGCCAGACAGACCAGGUGCCCCCCUGGGCAGACGCUUCCCACGGUGACGAGAUCCCCUAUGUGUUUGGCCUGCCCAUGAUUGGCCCCACAGAGCUGUUCCCCUGUAACUUCUCCAAGAAUGACAUCAUGCUCAGUGCUGUGGUGAUGACCUACUGGACUAAUUUUGCCAAAACUGGUGACCCCAACCAGCCAGUCCCCCAGGAUACCAAGUUCAUCCACACCAAGCCUAACCGCUUCGAGGAGGUGGCGUGGACGCGCUACAACCAGAAGGACCAGCUGUACCUCCACAUCGGCCUGAAACCCCGAGUCAAGGAGCACUACCGAGCCAACAAGGUUAACCUGUGGCUGGAGCUGGUGCCCCACCUCCACAGCCUGAACGAGGUCACCCAGAUCAUCUCCACCACUACCAAGGUCCCCCCACCAGAGGUCACCCCGAGGACACCAAAGAAGAUCCCUGUCAACACCAAGAGGCCUAACCCCACUCCCUUCCCCACCGAGACCCAGGACAGUCAGAACCAGCCCUUCCUGGUGGAUCAGAGGGACUACUCCACAGAGCUGAGCGUCACCAUUGCCGUGGGCGCCUCGCUGCUCUUCCUCAACAUCCUGGCCUUUGCGGCGCUCUACUACAAGAAGGACAAGCGGCGGCACGACGUUCACCGGCGCUGCAGCCCCCAGCGCAACACGACCAACGACCUGGCGCACACGCAGGAGGAGGAGAUCAUGUCCCUGCAGAUGAAGCACACGGAUCUGGACCACGAGUGUGACGCCAUGCACCCACACAAGGUGGUUCUGAGAACUGCCUGCCCGCCAGACUACACGCUAGCCAUGCGACGCUCUCCUGACGACAUCCCCCUCAUGACCCCAAACACGAUCACCAUGAUCCCCAACACCAUGCAGGGCCGCCAGUCCUUGCACAACUUCAACACCUUCCCCAGUAGUGGACAGAACAACACCCUGCCUCACCCACACUCACACUCCACCACCAGGGUAUAGCCGGACGGACGGACGCUGACACACACAGCACACGCCAGAGCUCACACCCAGCCUGAAUCAAACGGAUGUGGAAUAACUUCUACUCCUGUGAAUAUAUGAAAGGAAUAUAGGAAUGUUGCUGGGACUGGAGAAAAUUUUCAUUUUAUAUAAAAGAAGAUAUGAUUAAAAGUACAAAAAUAUUUCAAAUGAAAAAAGGAAUAAAGAGAAGGAUAAUUUUUAUUUCUGAUAUUGCAACAAAACAAGGUCAACUUUUCCAGCUAUAGAUAUCGCCUUCGGAAUUUUAUGUACGAUUGCUUGAUCCUGUUAUCAUGGAAAAGAGAGAAACCUCAGUGGAGCCUCAGAGGAGUAGCAGGGCCGCUUUGUAAAUGAAAGAAAACAUAUUGUUUUCCUGAGGCAUCAAACUGUAGAUUACUCUUUCUGGAGCCAAGAUGAGAUGCCGCUUAACCAAUUUAGGCAUGUGUUACUCUACAAGUAGAGGCAGUGUAAGAUAUGACAAAAACUAUCUAGAGAGAGGGGGAAAACUCUUAAAGAAUAUGCACAAUGUAGACAUUUUUUAAAUGUCUUGGAUUCUUUUCAUCAAUUUAUUUUUGGGGAACAGUUUUAUUGUAUAGAACCUAUUUACAUAUCUAGAUAUGUACACAAAGCACCAAUGCUGUUUAAGUCCUUCUUGGGCGUCAAUACCGCAAAUCUGCCAGCAGAACAAAAAAAGGGGGAUCCACUGGCUUUCUGGCAGAUACAGCUUCAUCACACAAGUGCUGUCUAUACCGAGAGCUGGAGGACAAAGGAUACUGGAUAUUUUUAGCACGACGCGCAUGACAAUUUAUCUGCUUGAUGGCUGUUCUGCUGAUUAAGUCAUAAUUAAGAAUACUUUUCAUCCCCAUUGGAUUGGUUUGAAGGAACACUACUGAUUAGCUUACAAAUCCAUAGGACUUUGGGAAUGGUCACAUGGGUGAAGGUCAUGGGUCAUAAUUGGGGACAGCAGGGGAGGGUUGGCUUAUGGUAACUACAGUACAUACACAAUAGCUUGAAUGAACAUGGGUAUAAGGACUAGUUUUGUACAAUUUGUGUUGGUACAACUUUUUGAUAGUGGUGAAUCACUCGCUGUUUGGGAUCCCAAUGGAGGGACCUUUCAUUGUACUCUUUUAGUUUGGAUCAAUGUUCUUUGCUAUUAUACAUAUUGGGUUUCUUAUCACCACUCUUGACUAGUUCAAGACCACUUUAAUGUAGAAAAGUAAUUACCUGCACUGUUGAUUUUUUUGGGGGGGUUUCGUAUGAAUGAUUCCUGAGCACAAAGCGUGCCCAGGGCUAUGAAGAAGGGAAGGUGAAGACUAGGAAAUAGUAGAACCUCUUGGCUGCAUAGAUUUUCUUUCCUCCUAUUAUCCUUUCAUAGAGUAUGUUCCGUAGCGCUGUUUAAAGAUUAAUGCGUAUAAAUGUGUAAUUGAAGCGAGGAGGCCCUCCGCUGACAUGGUUGAUUAGGGGUUCCUCUCAUCCUGUCGUCCCUGCAACUCAACACAGAGAGAGAAAGAGAAAGAGAGAGAGAUUCAGGAACUCCCAUGGUACACCUCUCCCAGGCAGGGAACAGUGAUCAGUCAGAUUCUUGCUCACUGCAGUAGAACCGGUUUGCUAUCACCCUCGUCUCUCAGAGUGAAAUGCCAUUUGCCUCUGUUUUUUAAUUUUCUACUGAAGAUGCUGUACUGUAUCAUAUCAGAGUUUCUGGACUUUUAGUUCUCCUUUUUCUUUAGCAUGGUUUACACAUGCCUUGGUGUCACAUUGUACAUGCCUGUCGGCAUGUUACCAUCACUGUCCAGCUAGCCCCAGUGAGUGUUCCUGCCCUCGCAGUGCUAGAGUGCAACUUCCCUCUACCAGCUAGCGCAGGCAAGUGGAGUAAUAAUGUGUCAUACAAAUACAAACCAGAGUGAAUAGCUUAAAGGAGGAAGCCGCUGAGGGGAAAAUAGUUCUCUCUAAACAGACAAAAGGCCUACUGUACUCAAGCAGAGAGUGGAGACGACAAAUACAUUAGUAAGAGAAGACUCAUAAGUAAGACAUAAAAUAGAAAGAAACAUUAUAUCACUCCCAUUUUCCUGUGUAAUAAAAGCCUGGACAUUCGCUCCACCUCCUUUACUUACUGGCGCUCUACAGUCAUUCAAAGUAAAAACAUACACUUCCAAACAAUGAGCUGUAGACAAGGUGUAGCUUUUUUGCGGGGAGGUGAACAUAAAUUAUAACAAAACCUUCACGUGUCCCAAAACUAACACCCAAGCCGUUUCACCAGUCUGUAUUACAGUGUUGUGACCUCUUAACAAGGCUGGAGAAAUGACAGUUAAACAUGUCAUUGCGAAUUAAACAUGUAAUUGCACUAUGGAUAAAUGAUCAAGUAACAUUGGAGAGGUAGCAGGUGAGGAGAAUGCUAAAGAAACACUUACUUUAGCACGCAUAAGCCAGCCCCCCCUCCCCCUCCCUGGAUUGUAAACAGAGUUAGAAAUGAGCCAACCUGUACUACUCUUCUCUCCCAUCCUCCUUCCCUCCCAUAACAGCUCACUCUGUACACCCCCCAUUUUCAAUGAGGUAUGAAUAUGGAUAGUUGCUGCUCACUGUACUCUCUCUCCAUCAUGCUCCCUCAGAGUGGUGUUAAAAUUGUAUGAGCCAGUGGUGAAGGAGAGCUUUUCCAAAUUUUCAUGCAGGACUUCUAGAAGGUAAGAGAAAGAAGGGGAGGGGGGGGGGUACCUGAAGCUAUAAUGUGACCAUGUGGCUCAUGCCUAACCUGUGUUACCCAGUCCUGGACAGAGGAGGGUCAAGCAUUGUGAAUGAAUGUAAUGCAACGAGUGUCAUUUUAUAUAAAACGCUUCUCAACAUCUUUGAGAUCUAUGAAGAUCUAUCAAAGGAUGAUCGCUCUUUCAAAAUGUCUGUGAAAAGGGCACUAUGUGAGUGGGUAUGGCAGUUGUAUUGUAGAUUAUGUCACUUGUCUUUCUUUCUGGUUAAAUAGUAAUUACUCUUCUGGAGCACAAUAAAUGAUUUUAAUAAGCUGAA